CGCUAUCUUGCCUAUUAAAUGUCAUCAGCCCAGCACUGAUUGCCAGUCACAGGCUGCAGGAAUCCUAUGGCUGAUCUGGUGGCUCACUGAAUGCACAGAUCUGCUAGAAAAGAAAGCAGAUAAGGAUGAAGGCAGAAGAAUGUUGGAUUUCUCGAUCAUUACUUUGUUUCCAUAACGGGAAUUUGCCCAGUGCACUUUGCUCGGCUCAUUAGGGUACUGCACUGCACGGCAGACAAUCAGCAGAUGUUUUUAUAUUAAAUCUUGCCUGAAGGAAGACACUGACUGUGACACAGUGAGGGUGGAACUGCAGGAGACACCAGGAGGGCCUGGGAGUCACUGGGCAGAAGAUGUCAAAGCAGGCCUUUCUUCACUGAAUAUUCUGCCACUGGCAAAGCAAAUUCUAGUAAAUGAACCAGAUGUGAACCAGAAUAGGCUCAUGUUUCCCACAUCCUGGGCCAGUGCUGCAGGGCAGGAUGCAUUUUCACUGUCUCAAAGGCUAGUUAGUACCAUCGUCUCCAAAGGGACCUGCUGGGACUGAGGCUGAAGACUUCCAGAGGUCUGAUCCCUGUAAGUGUUCAUCUGGAUUUUUUUCCCACUGCCCGAUAAAUCUUCGUUUAUCAUGAGGACAUUUAUGAUAUCCCGGAUUCCUCAGUGCCUGCAGAUUCUGAGGUCACCUUCCAGACUUUUCCAUGGAUGUAACAGGCUUCUUACAUCCCAGAUUAUUUCAUAUUAUGACUCUGUAAACCGGUGUGAAAAGGAACUACCCAAAUACUUCAACUUUGCAAGUGAUGUCUUGGAUGAGUGGUUGCAACUGGAAAAGGAUGGAAGGCGACCAGCAAAUCCAGCUUUUUGGUGGGUAAAUGAUGAAGGGGAGGAGGUGAAGUGGAGCUUUGAAGAGCUGGGAUUUCUGUCCAGGAAAACAGCUAACGUACUUUCUGAGGCAUGUGGUUUGCAGAGAGGAGAUAGAGUUCUGGCAGUUCUGCCUCGCGUCCCUGAAUGGUGGCUGCUGAGUAUAGCCUGCAUCCGGGCAGGAAUUGUCUUCAUUCCAGGAACAUCCCAGUUAACAGCCAAAGAUAUUUUAUACCGACUCCAGGCUUCAAAGGCCAAGUGCAUCAUUACCAACGAUACCCUGGCACCUGCAGUGGAAUCUAUCUUGCCUGACUGCCAGUUUCUGAAAGCAAAACUAAUUGUAGCGAAAGGGAGCAGAGAUGGGUGGCUCAACCUCAGAGAACUCUGUGCGGUGACAUCUGCUGACCACAAAUGUGUUAAGACAAGAAAUGAAGACCCAAUGCUCAUCUAUUUUACUAGUGGAAGUACAGGCUCUCCAAAAAUGGUGGUGCAGUCCCACAGCAGUUAUGGCAUCGGAUUUGCAACCAGUAGCAGGUACUGGAUGAACUUGACUCCCUCAGAUAUAAUGUGGAAUACCUCUGAUACUGGCUGGGUAAAGGCAGCUUGGAGCAGCAUUUUUGCACCAUGGAUCAGUGGAUCUUGUGUUUUUGUUCACAAUAUGCCACAGUUUAAACCAACAGUCAUUGCAGAAACUCUCUCAAGAUACCCUAUCACUAUUUUCUGCACUGCCCCCACUGCCUACCGCAUGCUUAUCCAACAUGAUGUGAGCAGCUACAAAUUCAUGACUCUGAAACACUGUGUAUGUGGAGGAGAACCGCUGAAUCCUGAAGUGAUGGAGAAGUGGAAAAUCCAGACAGGACUGGAUAUCUAUGAAGGCUAUGGCCAGACUGAAACAGUAACAAUAUGUGCCAAUAUGAAAGGAAUGAAAAUUAAACCUGGCUCUUUGGGAAAAGCUGUUCCACCUUAUAAUGUGCAGAUCAUAGAUGACCAUGGGGCUGUUCUGCCUAAAGGAGAAGAAGGCAACAUUGCUAUCCAAGUUCAACCGUCACGACCCUUCUGUAUGUUCACUGAGUACUUGGAUAAUCCAGAGAAAACUGCUGCCUGCAUGACUGGAAACUUCUAUGUCACUGGGGACAGAGGGAUUAUGGAUGAAGAAGGAUACGUCUGGUUUGUUGGAAGAUCUGAUGAUAUAAUUAAUUCUGCUGGGUACCGUAUUGGUCCAUUUGAAGUCGAAAGUGCAUUAAUACAACACCCAGCAGUCUCAGAGUCAGCUGUUGUCAGCAGUCCUGAUCCAAUUCGAGGGGAGGUAGUCAAAGCCUUCGUUGUUUUGUCUCCUGCUUUUGCAUCACACAACCCAGAAAAACUAACUCAUGAUCUUCAGCAACAUGUCAAAAAGGUGACUGCUCCUUACAAGUACCCCAGAAAGGUGGAGUUUGUUCAGUCUCUGCCAAAGACAGCUACAGGGAAAAUCCAGAGAAAGGUUCUAAGAAACAAAGAGUGGGGAAAAGCAUAACAUUAUCUGAAAAUGGAGGAGAGAAAAUUUCCAUCAUCCAUGUCAGCCAAGGCACAGUGUUUGGACUUGGCACGUUAUCAUGAACCAGAGCACCAAGAGAAUGUAUGGAAGAACAAGCUGCGGGAGGCAAAAAUGGAGGCACCACUCAUAUAACUUGGGGAUGUGUGAUAUGAGAACCACUUCUACCAUCAACCCACAAUUAUUCAGAUGGGAAAAGGCACAAAUAAUUAAAAAUGUGGUAUGAGAGAGAAGAGAGUGAUCCAAGACUGCAUGGAAGUUUAAUUUUUUUUACUGCAAUUAAUAUAAACAUCAGAUUCCUUUAAAAAAAUAAAGGACCACAGCAAUUUUGACAAUUACAAAUAAAUGAGAAAUUAAUAAAAAUAAUCUCUGCCCUGUAAUGAGUACAAGCAGUGAUGGAAUGAUAUUCACUCUUUAAAUAUUCUCCUUAUUCCCAAACUCUUUCUGUUUGGAAGGAGAAGGACAUAUUGUGUGAUUACCUCUCACUCUGAUGAACCUAUGAUCUUCCCAAAUGGUUAGAAUCGAAGAAAAGAAUAUACAAAGUUCUUUAGGCUAAGGUGCAAAUUGAUUGACAAUGGUGUAAAUGAUUACAAGGAGAAAGGUUACUCUAGAAAUUAUUACACUGCCUGGUCAGUUUUGUUCUAUGUUCUGCUCUGAUUACUUUGAAAAAAGCAAUUGGUAAAGGGCCAUCACUCCAAGUGCUUCUUAAUUAGCACGUCUGAGCUGCACAUCUCCAGCCAGUCUUCCCAAAGUGCCUUUGGGAAGCGUGUCUUGCAAGCUGAAUGAACCAGUGAAGAGGAUCGACUGCAGGCAGCUCAACCCAUCCACGCUGCCCAGAGCAAACAGUGUUGAGAACAGAUAGAAGAGGGAGGACGUUUACAGUGACCAAAUGGAAACUGGAAACAUCCCUCAGUUCCAUGUGAAACAAGAAGAAUCUCAGAAAAUCAAAUACCAAGUGCUCUGGUGUAAGAACAAAGAUCCUUCCAUCAUGUCGGUGAUGUUAGCAGCCUUGAAGAACUAAUCUAUAAUCUGUAUGGAUCAGCCAAGCUACAGACAAUAUGAUCAUGUCAGUAGUUUAAGAUCAUGUAAGUAGUUUAAGAAGCUGUUGGUACAAAAUACAUGAAAGCAUGCUGGGGAACUUUGCAUUUAAACAUCAGUUUUACUGUGAAUAGUCUAAGUGAAUUCAACUAAUAAUUAAUCAAUUUAUAAUAGAAUUAUCUUUCUUUGUCUG